CGCUGUUAGUGGUGGUGUAGAAGUUUCGUUUAUGUCGUUUCCUUUACUCUUUAAGUUGUGCGUGACAGGUCUUCAGGCGCUACCGUGUAAGCGUUUUUACAUCUAUGCUUUGAUUAGCCACCAGUUCUUUGCCAGUGGCUAAUAAUUUAAGGUUGGUGAGCAUUGAGCAUGAUGGCUGCAGUAAGUGGUGGCAGUGAUCACAUGGAUGUAGAUUGCCUGCCAGAGUUGGAGACAUCACCAGUGCAGAAACAGCAGGAUAUUGCGAAUAGGUGCCAAACAAAUCAGGAUGCUGAAUGUUUGAGGAGUCCCACAAGAGAGCAGAGUGAGCAGGAUCGAGUGGAAGAAAGCCACACAUGUCAAAACGGAGGUAACCAUCGGGAAUUGGCAGACGCACCAGUGAAUGAUCCAGGGGACCAGAAAAGCCAACCUCCACAGAAGGCGCAGGAUGAUAAAGAACAAGACUCUGAAGUUCAAGCUGCCCAGAAUUCCGUGGACCCAGACGAAGCAGCAGCUCAGCAGCUGCGGCGUGCUGCAGAGAAAGGCGAUAGGGCCACUCUUGAGCGGCUGCUGGACAUCGACCCAUCAUUGGCAUUACGCACAGACUCCGAUGGCUAUACAGCGCUGCAUCGAGCCUGCUAUGCCGAUCAGGUGGAGGCUGCGCAGCUGCUGCUAGAGAGGGCUCCACACACCCUAGAACGUCCCACAGCUGACGGCUGGCGGCCGCUGCACUCAGCCUGCAAGUGGGGCUCCCUCAACUGUGCGCGGCUGCUAGUUGACCGGGGCGCUGAUGUGAAUGCAUCGAGUGAAGGUGGUCUCACGCCGCUGCACCUCGCGGCCAGUCAAGCACGUUCACGGGCCCUGCUCGAGCUACUACUGUGGUCGCCAUUCAUCAAUGUUGAAGCACAGAGCCGUGCAGGUGACCGACCAGCUGACUUGGCCCACCGCCACAGUCCCUGGGCAAGCUUGUUUGUGCUGCACUCUCCGGCAGUCAACUACUAUUGACAAAUGACGUGCUUCACAGACUUGUGAUGUGUACAUUGUUUGGCGUGUGUGAGAACACCGUUCUGUGAAACCGCAACUGACAAACAUUAUUGUGCAAUUCAAGCUCUUGUGGGUUAAUUCUUGAUGCUGUUAACAUCCCUAUCAUUGCGUAGCAGAUUAAAAAUUAUUUUUCACUUUGAAUUUUUUUAACAUACUUCAGGUCACUCAUCGUACAGUGUCGCUUGCUAACUGCAUUCAGUCAAAUAUUAAUACUAUUAUUGCUUAUAUGUUUUCAUCCACAGUACCUAUGUGUCAAUUUGGCCUUUUUUAUUUUUUGGCAGUGUUGCCAGGUCUGUGACGGAAAAAGUAGUUGAAGAAUAUCUCAAUUCAACUCAUGUAUCACUAGUCAUGGUAACUAUGGAGAGAUAACCCUACGGCUAUACUACAGGUGUCACACUUGUAUGUAAAAAGAAAAAUGAAAAACCUCGUAGCAGUUACCUGGUGCAUAAAAAAAUGAUAAUAAAUGAGGUAACAUUGAUGCCUCUUAGCACAAUA